AUGGCAAUGAAACGCGCUGCUUCCUCUGAGGUUCGUUCCCUGCUUUCACCUUCUUCCAUAUCAACCACAAUACUCUGGAAGAAGAUUGUGGGGGUGUUCUACAAAGGCAAUGAGUAUGCUUCCCUGAAUCCCAAUUUUGUGGGAUGUGCUGAAUCAGCAUUGGGUAUACGUGAGUGGCUUGAAUCACAGGGUCAUCAAUACAUUGUCACUGAUGACAAAGAAGGACUUGAUUCUGAACUUGAGAAACACAUUGAUGAUCUUCAUGUCCUCAUAUCUACACCAUUUCACCCUGCCUAUGUCACUGCGGAAAGAAUAAAAAAAGCUAAAAAUUUAGAGCUUCUUUUGACUGCUGGCGUUGGUUCUGAUCACAUUGAUCUUAAGGCUGCUGCUGCUGCUGGUUUAACUGUGGCAGAGGUCACAGGAAGCAAUGUAGUGUCUGUUGCUGAAGAUGAACUCAUGAGAAUCCUCAUUCUAGUGAGGAAUUUCUUGCCCGGGUACCAUCAGGCUAGUACUGGAGAAUGGAAUGUUGCUGAGGUUGCACAUAGAGCUUAUGAUCUUGUUGAAGGAAAGACUGUUGGAACUGUUGGUGCUGGACGUAUUGGGAGGCUUUUACUCCAAAGGUUGAAACCCUUUAACUGUAACCUUCUAUAUCAUGAUAGAGUUAAGAUGGAAGCUGAAUUGGAGGAGCAAAUUGGAGCUAAGUUUGAGGAGGACCUUGAUGCAAUGCUUCCAAAGUGUGAUGUAAUUGUUAUCAAUACCCCUCUCACUGACCAGACAAGGGGAUUGUUUGACAAAAAUAGAAUUGCCAAGUGCAAGAAGGGUGUCUUGAUUGUUAACAAUGCUCGUGGGGCAAUUAUGGAUACCCAAGCUGUUGCUGAUGCUUGCUCUAGUGGGCACAUAGCAGGUUACAGUGGUGAUGUUUGGUUCCCACAACCAGCUCCAAAGGAUCAUCCAUGGCGCUAUAUGCCAAACCAUGCCAUGACUCCUCAUGUUUUUGGUACCACCAUAGAUGCACAGCUACGUUAUGCUGCUGGGGUCAAAGAUAUGCUUGAGAGGCACUUUAAGGGUGAAGACUUUCCAGAACAAAACUACAUUGUCAAGGAGGGUCAAAUAGCAAGCCAAUACCGUUGA